CAUAUUUGUCAAAACAAGGAUCAAGCAUGCUAUCGUACAUGCCGAGAUUGAUAAAUCAAAACAAAUGAAAAUAACCCUUAACCUAUCUUCAUUCACGUUUUUAAUUAAAAUUUAAGUUCAUUAACAUUUUAAAAUGGUGUUUGGAAGCGUUUCGUCUUCAUCAGAUAGUGAAUCUGAAAAUGAAUCUAUUGCAAGAUUAGGUGAUUGCGAGGUAUGUGGGAAGAAUAAAGCCAAGUAUACAUGUCCAAGAUGUGAAGUCAAAACAUGUUGCUUAGAUUGCGUGAGGAUACAUAAAGCAGAAUUAGAAUGCAAUGGUAUCAGAGAUCGAACCAAAUUCGUUAGAAUGAAGGACUUUACAGACACCGAUUUGCUUAGUGACUACAGGUUACUGGAGGAAUGCGCUCGAUUUGUGUAUGCUGUAAAGAGAGACGAGAAGAAAAAGUUUACUAGGAUCGACAAAGACUUGCCAAUUCAUUUAUACAAACUCAAGUUGGCAGCAAGGAAGAGGGGUAUAGUUUUACAAUUUUUAGCCAGAAACUUUACUAGGAACCAAGUGAAUACAACAAAGUAUGAAUUUAAGAAAAAUGUAAUCAAUUGGCGAAUAGAGUGGAUGUUUCCAAAUGUGGAAGGCAAUCCCUUAAAGUUUGUUGAUGAAAAAUGUCCUGAAAAUAACAAGCUAUCUGAUCUGUUAGAUAAAUACUUGAACCCUGAUGCAGCACCUUUUGAAGGGUCUAAGUUUUUAGCGUUUUAUAAAUCAGCUGGUCUUAGUGGUGUGAAAGUUUUGUUAAAAGCUGAAAAAGUGAAAGGGUCUCAAAAGAAGUUUUUUGAACUGGACCCAGCAGAAUCAGUGUGUGAGAACUUAUCUGGUAAAUGUAUUAUUGAGUUUCCCAUAGUGUUUGUGGUGCUUAAGGACCAUGCAUACAACUUUGAAAUUAUCACACCAGAAGACGAAUUUGACUAUGACAAAAGUGAACAUAGUGGGACAAAUACUCAAGAAAGUCAAUCUAAUGCUAAUGGUGACAGUAAGCCAGAAAGUAGUAGAAAUGGUUAUAAGAAAAGGUUGUUGCUUACUGAAAAGAUUGCACAAGAGAAAAAGGAAGAAAUAGAGAAAGAGAUUAAGGAACAAAGAAAGAAGAAACCUAAAAAUCUAUUAUUCACCACUGGAUACUCUUCAGAAGAGAGUAUAAUAAAUACUGAUAGUGAUAAUGAAACUUAAAUUUAUAAAGUAAAUAAUAAUUUGAAAAUUAAUAUAAAAAUCAGUUAUUAUGGAACAUGCUAUUGAUAAAUGUUCUUAGAGGUUUUGUAUACAUGUUUGAUUUUCCAUUGACUUGUAAAUACCUGACCACGCUAUGAAAUAAAAAACAAUCAUACGAUUAAA